AUGGCUUCGUCUUCGUCGUCGGGUCCCGACACGAUCAUCAACCUCAAGGUCAGCCUCGAUGGAGUUGUCAAGAAGGUGAAACUUCCGCUGCGUGACCUCGCUGCGAGCACGCUGGCAAACAAGCUGCACGAGACCCUUUCCCUUCACCCCGACAACACGUAUCUCAUCGAGCGCUAUUCCGACUCGGCGGCAUCUUACGUGGUGCUCGAUCCCGCCUAUCCCGCCGUCUUCAAGCAGCUGUACCGCGCCGCCAAGGCUAAGCACAAGCUCAAGCUGAGGAUUACUACCCUUAACAAGGACACUGUUGCCGAGAAGAAGGAUGAACCAUCACCUCCUCCUCGCCCUGCCCGCUCAGUAACUGUUGAGGAUGUACCCGAGGCCGUGCCACAGCCAACGACCACACCUCCUGCACCCAAGCCCGCUGAGGUCAUGGCUUCGUCUAUCGAGAAGACUGUCUGCGACUACAAGGCAUUCAUGGGUGGUCAAGGAGAGCCGAUCACCGUCUCGGAGCCCUACCUGGACCCUCUUGAAGCCUUGGCCCGCAAGAUCAAAGCGGUUGAGAUGAACCUGGCAAAGGCCGCCGAUAUCCCGACACCCCCGCCGCCUCCGAAGCCCACGGCGCUGUCACGGCUCUCCAACUCCCGCAUGCCAUUUGCAGUCUACUGCAACAGCUGCGACAAGACGAUUCCCGAUGUUCACUACCACUGCUCUACCUGCGAUGAGGGUGACUUUGAUCUCUGCCAAGCUUGCAUUGACGUGGGCAUUUCAUGCCACGGGGAGGGCCACUGGCUCAUCAAGCGUAUGAUUCGGGAUGGUGCUAUUGUCACCAGCACCACCGAGCGCAAGGCUCCUAAGGCCCCGACUGAAAGCAACAAGUCGGCUCCUCGUUCUCCCAAGGCCCCCUUAUCCCAGGCAGUGCAGACUUGCCCCGCAGUCCCAGAGAGGAAGCAUGUGCCUACUUGUCCUGCUGCUACCAACCCUGCUCCGCGGGUUGUGCCUCUUUUCCGCAAUUACCUAUACCAAAACGCCCGGACUUGCAACAAUUGUGUGCAGGAGUUCCCUGAGGCCGAGUUCCUCCACUGCACUACCUGUGCCGACUUUGACCUGUGCAAGCCAUGCUUCAUCAAGGAUGCUCACGGUCACCACCCUCGUCACGGCUUCACCCCGGCUGUUGAAGGUACCGUAACCGACAGUGAGGUCUCUUGCCGCUUGGCUCCUGGCCGCAAUGAGAAGCACAAUGCCAUCUGUGACGGAUGUGACAAGUACAUCAACGGAAUCCGCCACAAGUGCCUUGACUGUCCCGACUGGGACUACUGCUCAGGCUGCGUGGUCAACGCUGGCUUUGUUCACCCGAACCACCGCUUUGUGCCUAUCUACGAGCCUCUGCGUGAUGUAACUGCUCGCACAGCUAACUUGCCGGUCCACUUUGGCAUUCACUGUGAUGGACCUCUCUGCCAGGCGGGAACACCCCGUUUUAUUGUUGGUGAUAGGUACAAGUGUGCCGUCUGCCAUGAUACCGACUUUUGCGAGAGGUGCGAGGCCAGCCCUGCCUCGACUCACAACAAGACGCAUCCCUUGAUCAAGUUCAAGACCCCGGUUCGCAAUGUUAACGUCACAACGACCGGAGAGCAUGAGAAUGGGACCAAACUCCCCCAGAUGGGAGACCGCCCACGCCACACGCCGCAGCCAGCCGAGUCCAAGGUAACCAACCCGAUCAUUGCCCCCUCGACUGUCAGGACCGUGGUGAACGUGCAGCCUGCUCCUCCUGUCACUAUCUCCACCCAACCGCAGGUGCAAAAGACCCCCACGCCCCCUGUGUCGCAGCCCCCGCCCGCCUCGCGAGAGUAUUGUGCGGUGUAUGAGAGCGACACUAUCGCCGAUGGCACUGUCAUGGAGCCCAACCACAUCUUUGAGCAGACAUGGGUUCUGCGGAACGCAGGCAGGCACCCCUGGCCCGCUGGAUGCCGUCUCAAGUACAUUGGUGGUGACUACAUGGGCCACGUCGACUCCAAGCGCCCUGCUGCCGUACCUGAGCUGAUUUCUGCAUCUGAGUCGACUGUCUGCUACGCGCCUCUGGCUCCUGGGCAGAAGUUCUCUUUCACAGUCCUUCUGCGUACUCCUCCAAGGGACGGCAAGGUCAUCUCCUACUGGCGACUUACGACCCCUGAGGGUCUGAAGUUCGGCCACCGUCUGUGGUGUGAUGUUGAGGUUAAGACCCCCGCCCCUGUCGAGGACAUCAAGCGGGAGGCCUCUGCCGUCAAGGAGGAGCCCAAGGAGGAAGCCAAGGAGGAGGUCGAGGAGGAUAAGGCGGAGGAACCGACCAGGGAGGAGAAGAAGCUCAAGGGCAGCCAAAUGAUUUUCCCCAAGCUUGAAAAGGAGUCGCCCGUCGCUAGCAUCCACCAGGAUUCUCUGUCCGCGACACAGUCGGCACCAUCUGAGGUUGACAACCACGCUGACGAUUUCGAGGAUUGCAAUGAUGACGAGUGGUCUGAGGAGGGCUUCAUGACCGACGAGGAAUACGACAUUCUUGAUGCCUCUGAUGAGGAGUUUGUUGACGAGAAGUCGAACAAGAAAUGA